AGGAGGGAGGUGGUGCCGGCGCGGGGAUGAAGCAGCCCUCCCCCGGCGCCGACGGGGUCCUGCCGGGGUAGCCGUGCCGAGCCCAGCCCCGCCGUCUGCGGGGUCGGUGGCCGCGGAGGGAUGGAGCCGGCGAGCCCCUGCCCAGCGCCGCUGCUCCCCGCCAACGACUCUUACCACGGCCGAAACUGCAGCGCCGAGGAAGGGAUCUACCAGGAUGCCACCCCCCUCUCCGGGAAGAUCGUGCUCGCCGUCGUCCUGGCGCUUGUCACCCUGGCCACGGUGCUCUCCAACGCCUUUGUCAUCGCCACGGUCUACCAGACGAGGAAACUCCACACGCCGGCCAACUACCUGAUCGCCUCGCUGGCCUUCACCGACCUCCUCGUCUCCAUCCUUGUCAUGCCCAUCAGCACCCUGUACACUGUGACCGGCAAGUGGACGUUGGGCCAGGUCGUCUGCGACAUCUGGCUGUCCUCGGACAUCACCUGUUGCACGGCGUCCAUCCUGCACCUCUGUGUCAUCGCCCUGGACCGCUACUGGGCGAUCACCGACGCCGUCGAGUACUCCACGAAAAGGACUCCCAAGCGGGCAGCGGGCAUGAUCGCGCUGGUGUGGGUCUUUUCCAUCUGCAUUUCUAUACCCCCGCUGUUCUGGCGACAGGCAAAGGCCGAGGAAGCCUCUAACUGUGCGGUGAACACGGACCACGUCCUCUACACCGUGUACUCCACGGUGGGAGCCUUCUACUUCCCCACGCUGCUGCUGAUAGCCCUCUACGGGAGGAUCUACGUGGAAGCCAGGUCGAGAAUUCUGAAACAGACGCCAAAGAAAGCAGGGAAAAGACUGACUCGGGCUCAGCUGAUCACUGACUCCCCCGGGUCGUCCUCCUCCGUUACAUCCAUCAACUCCAAGGCCCCCGAGGGCCCCAGCGAGACGGGCUCUCCUGUGUACAUGAACCAGGUGAAGGUGAAGGUGUCGGACGCCCUGCUGGAGAAAAAGAAGCUGACAGCCGCUAGAGAGCGGAAAGCGACAAAGACUUUAGGGAUUAUUUUAGGAGCCUUCAUCGUCUGUUGGCUGCCCUUUUUCAUCAUCAGCCUGGUGUUGCCUAUUUGCAAGGAUGCUUGCUGGUUCCACAUGGCCAUCUUUGACUUUUUCAACUGGCUGGGAUAUCUCAACUCCCUCAUCAACCCCAUCAUCUAUACCAUGUCUAACGAAGACUUCAAGCAAGCUUUCCACAAACUCAUCCGUUUCCGCUGCACAGGCUGAACAUUUGGAAUGCGAUGUGUUCUCCGGGGCCGCCCCCGCGCACGCCCGUGCCCGAUGCCACAGAAUCAAGUUGCUAUUGUAAAGACCCACUGCUUGAAACUUCCCCAAGCCCAGUUGCCAGACUCAUGAUGCUGCAAAAACGUCAAUACAUACUGCCAGCAAACUGCUCAGCUCUGCAUUUCAGUGUAAUGACUCUGGCAGAGAUGCUGUUCCAGUAGUCACGCAGAUCAGUUGCAAAAAAAAAAAAAAAAAAGAGGGCAGCCUCGAUCAAGGUCUAUAAUUCAUCCGGACUGAAGAAAAAGUUUGAGAGUAAACUCAAUUUAUUUUGCAGGCUUAACUUCUUAAUUUGUUCUCCGGCCAGUUGUAGGGGUGUGCACAAGAGCACAGUUGUCUCUGUCUGUGUUGGUAGCGUAGUUGUACUUCUGCACACCUGUAAUUUCUUUCUUUCAGUGGAAAGAGUUGCUCACUCCUUUAGAGCCCUAGAAGGGGGGGAAAAAAAAACAAAACAAAACAACACAACAAAAACAGCUUUAAAAGGGAAAAAGAGGAGCAUCACAGAGAACUGUGCACGACUCCUUCAGCUGAAUGUGUGUAAGAAGUGGCAGUGUGCAAAAGCUAUGUUUGUAUUUCCAAACAAUAGCAAAUGCAAGUACGGUAGAAACGAGUUGUAGACCUGUUCAACUGCACCCGUAUCUAUAGCCUGUCCUCGUAGUUGUCUUCACCAAGUCAGUGCUUCUUGCUUCUACUCUGUAACUCAAGAGCAGGAAACAAGAAAUCCAUUGACCUUUUCCAUAAACCAGCUGGGAAUAGAAGUAGCAGUUUGCUGUUGUAGCCGUGUGUUCCAUUUUGUGUCAGUUGCACACCCUUACUGCAUGAACCACUGCAAAAUUUAGAACUCUAAGUAAUUACAUUAUUGAAUGUCUAUUUUGUAAAGAAGUGAAGCAGUCUGCUCUCACAGAAGAGUGGUAUCACCUGCAAAAUAAAUACCCAUAAAUCAUGAAUAAAGUCAUGUUAGUGAAAUUACUCUCUUCCCUAUUUCCCCCUUAUUGUUUUGGUUCUUUUUUCCCUUUCUUUUUUUCUGAUAAGACCUGAAGGCAGGUCUGCAAAUAUCCAGCAGUCAGAGUUAGUUUUGGGAUAUGGUCCGCCUGCUGUGAUAGAACUGCAUUGAUUGUUUCUCCUCUGUGUAAAUGAAAAUGAGUAUAAACAAUAAAACGCUUUACUGUGUUCUCAA